AUGGAUAAAUUAGUGUUUAUAGGUGAGUGGGUUAAAGACAGAGUUUUAGGAACUGGUAGUUUCGGUAUAGUUGUUCUUUGGAAACAUCAAAAAACACAGGAAAGGCUUGCUAUCAAAACGUGUAAAUGGGGUGAUGAACUCACGGAAAAACACAAAGAAAGAUGGACUAAAGAAGUAGAAAUUCUCCAAAGUUACCACAACCCUAACAUAGUUGGUACAAAACCGUUACCCCCAGAACUUAAGGAUGGCCUACAAACUGUUAAUCCUUCUAAAUUGCCAAUUUUGUGUAUGGAAUUUUGUGCUGGAGGUAAUUUAAGGCAACACCUAAAUCUACCGGAAUCUUGUCACGGAUUAAGGGAAGUACAAGUUCGUCAAAUAUUAAAAGAUAUAGGAAAUGCUCUUCAGUUUCUUCAUAGCAAUAAAAUCACACAUAGAGAUGUGAAACCAGAGAAUAUUGUCAUACAUAUUUUAGAUGGUGGAAAUGGGUUACAAGCGAAGAAAGAAGUUGUAUAUAAGCUAAUUGACCUUGGUUAUGCAAAAGAGAUUGAUUCUAACUCUGUAUGUGCCAGCUUUGUGGGAACAUUGCAGUAUCUAGCACCUGAAAUAUUUUACAGUAAAACAUACAGUAACUCUGUAGACUAUUGGUCAUUUGGUCUUCUUGCAUUUGAAAUAAUUUGUGGAACUCGACCUUUUCUUCCUUUCAUGGCUCCAGUGCAGUGGAUGCCCCAUGUUAAAGCCAAAACACAUGAUGACAUCUGUGUGUAUGAAACAUUCCAUGGUGAUAUUAAAUAUUCAAAUGAAAUAUUUCCUGAAAAUCACAUUUCCCAACCAUUGAAAUGUUUAAUUGAAGACUGGUUAAAAAUAGCAUUAGAAUGGGAUCCUAAACUGAGGGGGAGAGAUGCUCCUUCAAAAGUUACAUUUGAUAUACCAUCAGAGGAAAAGAGUACAUCAAGCAAAGUUAUUAUUUUUAGCCUUCUAGAAAAUAUUUUGUCUAAAAAAAUACUCAAAGUAUUCUCUGUAGCAACAUUAUCUCAUUAUGCAUUUGAAAUAGAUAACACAACAACAGCUCAAAUGUUGAAAAGUUGGAUUGAGAAAGACAUAGGUCUGCCUAUUGAAGAUCAAAUUAUAAUCACACAAAAUAAUUAUGUUUGCAUUGGUAUUAAUGAAAUUCUUUUAAAAUAUUGGGAUGAAAAUAGCAAUAACACAAUGUUUUUGUUUAGUAAAUCUGUUUUGAUAACAGAAAACCUAGAAAUUAAGGUGCCAGAACUUGUACAAAGGUAUACAAAAUCUACAGCAUCUCCGGAGCUCAUGCAGAAUUUCAAGAACUGUCAGAAUUUGCAUAAAAACUGUUUUUAUUUUGUAAUGGCUCAAAUGGAACUAUAUGAUUCACUUAUUAAGGGUCUAUUUGUUAGAUCUGAAUCACUUAAAAAUGAAAGUAAAGAUUUGCUUCUUAGGCACAACAUGGUUGAUAAAUCCUUAGGCAAACUAUUAGUCAAAGAAGAAACUAUCAAACAAUUUAGUGACCAAGGAAAAGACCAUAUCAAACAUUUGAGAGAGAAUGGAUUAGCCACUAAUGCUCUAGGUGGAUUUGAGAAAUUAUUUAAAGAAGUUGAUGAUAUAACUGAAGAUAUAAAUAAAUUACAAAAUGCAUGGUCUCAGCUCACUGUCCGAGUUGAGUCGGCAGCUAAGCGUCGAAUAGAAGGCAUCUCAACAGAUCUGAAUACUUUUGUUACUAAAUACAAUUAUCAAGCACUUUUCACCAAAGCUCAAAAUACUUACAUUGCAUACAAGAAAAUAGAAAAUUAUAAUGAUUAUAAAAGCAGGGAAAAAGUCAUAGAUAUCAUACAAGUGUUCAAAGAUUGUAUCAAAUUAAGAAACAAAAUACUGGCUGAGAUGCGCCAUCAGCCAUUUUAUCUUAAAAUAAUGGACUUGAGCUUAGAACUUUCUAAAAUUUCAGAGAUUAUUGCAAAUGCUUCAGGUUAUGCAGAUAAUAUAAGUGCUCAAGCAAAUACUGUUAUGGAGAAGCUUUCGAGUUGUAUGUGGUCCACAAUCAGCAUGUUAGCCAGCAAUACUCAAAAUAUAGAUGACCUUCCCUAUAGUGUGGUAUCAAUACAAAAAAGUAAUUUUAAAAUUGGUGAACCCGUGUCUAGGCAUUGCAUGAAAAUUAUAGAUACAAAUAAAGUUCAAGAAGACGAAGAACUUAAAUCUCUCAUUGAAGAAAGUUUGAAAUUAAGACGAAGCCACAUUGAGCUGACUGAAAAACUGAAAAUCUCAAAAAAUGUAUUACACAAAAAGGCUAAUUUAGAUUUCAGUUUUUUAAAUGAUUGAGAUCAUAAAUACUUUUCUUAAUGUAAAUGCUUAAACAAUCCAUUUUGUCUCAUUUCAGAGUGUCAUAGACAAAGUGGAUUUUUUAAGUAUUUUUAAUUAAGAAUUUUUUUCAGUAUAUAGCACUGUGAAUGCAAAAUUGAAGAAAUAUAAUAAUCAUAAAUACUUGUUAAACAUAUAGUCUAAACUACGAAAUUUAUAAGAAAGAAUAUUACAGUUUUUAAUUUAGAUAUUUAA